AUGUCUACUAAAUCUGUUGCUUUUAAUAAUAUUGUUAAAGAGCUCAAAUUUGAAUAUGAAAAAAAUUAUGUAAAAAAUCAAGAUUUUGAACCUAAAGAAAAUAAUGAAAUAUACAAAGAAAUGCUAAAUGAAAUUAAAAGAUUACAAAAAGAAAAUAAAGGAUUACAAGAAAAAAUUAAAGUUGAUUCGCAAAUUCUUGCUAACUGCCAAUAUGAAAAUUCAAUAUUGAAUGAUGAAAAAAAAAUAAUUGAAGAAUUACGUCAAAAAUAUAAAAGUGAAAAAAAUAAUUAUAAAAAUAAUAUUCAAAAUAAUUGUAAGAUUAUUGAAAAUUAUCAACAUGAAAAUAUGUUAUUAAAUAAUGAAAAUAGAGAAAUUGAUAAAAAGUAUCAAUAUGAAAUUAAAAAAUUAAAAGAAGAAGCACAUAACGAUAUUAAUCGAAUCGAAUACGAAAGAGAUUUUUUUAAGCAAAAAAAUGAAGAAUCAUUAAAUUUUAUAUUGUUUAUUAGUAAUUUUAUAAAUAUAGAUACAUUUAGAAAUUUAUUUUAUAAAUAUGGAACUUAUGAAAACUUUCAUUAUGAUAUUGAGAUCUAUAAUGAAAAUAUUAAUAAUAUUAAUAAUAUUGAAAAUAUAGAAGAUGAAGAAUUCGAUAAUUUUUUA